AUGAUGCGCGAGGCGAAAGGAGCCGACCGGCCGCGCGAACGCGCGCGGCGCCCUGAGAAAGCCAAAGAGGCCGAACAAGAGGCACCCUCGGCGCCUGCUGCCGCAGAAGAGGCGCCGGAUGCCGAAGACAGCAUCCUGAACCGCACCGCCUUGUCGCUCGCCGGCCAUGCAUUGCCGCCGCGCAAGGCCGCGGCCAAGACCCUCGCGCAGUUUACGCAGCUGCGCAGGCUCGACCUCUCCGAUAUGCAGGCUUCGGACGAUGCGCCAAACGGACUCGAGGACCUGCGCAUCCUCACGCAGGCCGUGUCGCUCAGCAAGAAACACGCCAAGAAGCACGGCUCGACGGCGCUUGCCGACCGCCUUACGUGGCUGAACGUAUCAAAUAACCCGGAGCUGGGACAGAGAGACUAUGCGCUCGACGGAAUCGACGAGCUUGCAGCGCUGCACGUGUUCAACGCAUCGCACUGCAGCCUGCGUAGCCUUCCGGCGGGUCUCUCGGCCUUGUCGCAGCUCAAGGCGCUGGUCGUCUCGCACAAUGCCAUCGCGGGCCUCCCGCAGGUGAUGCCGCAUAUGCCGGAGCUCAACACGCUCGUCCUCUCGAACAAUGCGCUGACGACGCUGCCCAAGACGCUGCCUGCGUCGCUCCCGGCGCUCAAGAAGCUCAGCAUCAGCCAUAACCAGCUUACAGACGGCGGCGCACUGCCGGACUUUAGCGUAUGUGCGCACCUGCGCGAGGUGCGUCUGUGCGGAAACAAGGCACUGCAGCGCCUUCCGGCGCAUAUCCAGAAGUGGGGCAAAGGCGUCGACGGCGGCGCGCCGGGUCUCGCUCUCCUCGACGUGAGCGACUGUGGCCUCGAUGACUUUGCGAGCAUUGCGCCGCUGCUCAAGGCAUCGGAUGCAUCGCGCCGUGGUUUGAGUAACCUGUGCUUGAAAGGAAACGGCGUCGCGGCCGAGGAGGAAUACCAAGACAAGAUCCUCGACGCAUACCCCGGCCUGCGUAUUCUUGAUAAUGUGCGUCUGCACCCCAAAAAGAGCCAGGCAGAAGAGCAGGAGGCGCCCAAGGACGAGCCUGUCGAGCCCAGGAAAGGCGAGCGGAAAAGCAAGGCCCCCGAGGAUGCCCAGGCCGAGCGCUCCGAGCCGACCGAGCGCAAGAAGCCCAAGAAGGACCGCUUCUUUCAGACCGAGCCAGUCCAAGCUCCGGAAAAGCCAGAGCAGGCCGAGCCGAAGCGCAAGCGCAAGGACCGUGCCGAGGAGCCUGCGCGUGAGACGGAAAAAAAGGCACGCAAGCACGCCGAGCCUGCGCCCGAGGCCACGCCCGAGCCUGAGCCUGCCGAUGCCGCGGAAGUCGGAAAAAAGGUGCGCAAGCGCAGCGGGCGUGGCCCCAAGAAGCACCGCGGCGAGGAUGCGGAGCAUGCGCGUCUCCUUGCGCGCGCCGGCCCUGCGCCGGACGAGCCGAUGGACAAACCGAUGGACGAGCCAAUGGACGAGCCCGAAGUGGAUGCCCCCGCUGCCUCUGAGCCGCCUAGCACACGCUCGAAAAAGACACGCCGCAAGAAGAAGGAGGCGCACACUGUCGAGCUUACGAUGGACGUUCCUGCGCCCGAGGCUGCUCCUGCGCCCCCGCCCCCCCGUGCGCCGUCGCCGGCACCCGAGCCCGUGGCGGCCAAGCCGGACACGGGCGUGGUCGACGUCGUCGAGGUGCGCAGCAAGCCCCGCACGGCACCGCUGAGCAUGCUGGCGCGUCGUGACGAUGAUGAUCUAGGUAGUUGGUAG